UCUUGGGCUAUAGUGAGUAUUCAACGUCAGUAAAAUAUUAACAAUAUGAAUAGUCAUUUGUUUGUGUUUCUAUUGUGUCUUUCCGGCGGUUAUUGCAUAUCGUCAACGAUUGAAAAUUUAGAUUUAGAUGGACUAAAACUAAUUUUGAGAGCCGAACCCACCAUUAAAGAAUGGGACGCAGCUAUGGACCAAAAAAUAAUUUACGAACAUCCCGACGGACGAAGAACCGCUAUUAACGUUAGAAAGACUGUGUACGGCUUCAAGCAAAAACUUAACAACUGUUCUGUGGAGGAAUUCAAAUGGAUCCACGACAUAAUCAAAUUGGCUUAUCAAUGCACGCUAACAAAGUACGCAAGCAUAACCACUUGGUUGAUAUUUCAGAAUUUGUGGAAGCUAAAAAAUAACAUUUACGAGGCCAUACUAUAUACGAAAGAAAAUACGUCAGAUUUUAAUGCUGAAACGAUAUUUGAAAAUGAAACAUUCAAAAGAAGGCUUGUACUUUUAAACAACGGGAAUUAUUACUUAGACUUUGACUUUAAAUUAGACUUUAAGUUAAAUAGCGACUUUUUGUUGUAUAGCCCGCACGAAUUCGAUUAUAAAACAAAGAAGGACAUUUAUCUUUUUUGGGCAGACAUGCUGGUGAAGACGCUCGGUUCAAAAAUUAAGUACAAAAUCUAUGCCGAUGUGUUUACAACGAAGUUUACAAACGAAUAUGACCAACCGAUUGUCGACACUAUUAACGAACUCAUCUGUGUUCUCAAUGAGACAAUUAAAUUGUGCGACAAAUUCAUCUUAAAUAAGUGCGUACGACACGCCGGAAGUUUUGUAAGGAAUUUCGAAUCCCUAAGUGGAGGUGUCAACGGAAGAUUCUUGUCGGUUUUAAACAAAUUUGAUAAAAUUAAAACCAUGGGCUCAAAGUUGGAAUUGUUCAAAGAUUUUACAAAAUCGAUUCCGGGAACAUUGCCAGUAAUUAACCCAAUAAUGGCUCCGGGUUGCUUCGUAGAGAAUUUAGAAUUUCAGACUUCUGGAUUAAAAACGGUUUUGCCAAAUCCCUUUAACCCAACGUUAGUUUAUGGCCUUAACUUACACCAACGCAUAUCCGAAAUUCAAAUGAAGCUUGUAGAAUCCAUCGAUAAUCAGCCACAAGACGGGUGUAAAAUAGGUAUGAUAUUGUUUCGCGAUGCAGGAAAUUCGUCAGAUCCUCAACCCAGUGGAUCUACCUCCCAACAGCAACACGGUGAAAGUUCGAACAACUGAUAUCGAAAAUAAUUUUCCAAAACAAACUAAACUACGAUUUUCUGAAAAAAACCACUAAAUAAAUCUAACCUGACAUACCUUACCUUUAUUGGCUUCUUAAGAGCUAGAUCUUCAUAUCAAUAGAAUUUCAUUAUUCAAAGCGAUUGACAUUGUUUUUAAGUCGUUUUUGAAUGUGUUAUUACCCUAACUCUACAAUUGGUCAAAUUGUUAGACCUUGUCGUGCUAACUUAUUAAUCACUCAAUAAAUAUUUCACUGAAC